CCUAGAACCGGUUUGUUUACACAAGUUGUCUUUAAAAUGAUCCUGAGUAUGAAGAAAACAAUGAGAUACGUUAUUCCAUAUGGAUUACAGUGCCAACAACACGCUGAAAAGCAAACAAUGUCUGAAAAACCUGUAUUAUAUGCAGACGAGGCGUCUCCGCCGGUUCGGUUUGUGAUGAUGACUGCAUCACUGCUUGAUAUCGAAUUAAUAGUGAAUAAAGUAGAUUUAUUUACCAGUGAACAGAAGACUGAAGAGUACUAUAAGAUUAAUCCAUUACAAAAAGUGCCGGCAUUGGUUAUUGGAGACAAAACAAUUCUAGAUAGUCAUGCUGCUGCUAUAUAUUUAUGUCAGAAAACGUCUGCACAGGACCUAUAUCCAAUUGAUCCCCUCGAGAGAGCAAAAGUAAAUGAAAUGCUAUUUUAUAACUCUGGCAGGUUGUUCCCGUUGGAUAGCGAAAUAAUUUCGUGUUAUUUUGCUGGCAAUUGGCCGGUUCCAGAAACAAAAAAGGAGGAAUGGUAUCGUGCAUUGGACUAUUUGGAAAUUAAUUUGAACAAAAAUAAUUGGCUUGUUGGUGAUAAGAUGUAUUUGUGUGAUGUCUGUGUGAUGUUAACUGUAACAUCCCUGCAAUUAUUAAUUCCGAUUACCGAAAGACACAGAAAUGUAAAGCAGUGGCUAAAAAGAUUUGAAGCAUUGCCAUGUUAUGAAAUUAAUCGGCAAGGACUGGAAAGAUUGACACACUUUAUUGAAUUGUUCCGACAUAAAGAAUAAGUCGGCGACGACGACGCUGUGCAAAAAAAGUCAUCCUAGAUUUUUUUUUGUUUGAAACGCACAAAGUAUUUUUAAUUUUGACGUACUAUAGUAGAUACUGUAAUUUAAUUACUGCGUGGUAUUUACUAAUAAGAAAAAUCUAACUUUUGACUCUAAGAUUGUUGAAAUUGGCGCUUAUAUUAUGUAUGAUUUUUUUAAUUAUUGUGUUAUAAUAACGCAUUGAAUAAAAUUUACUUUUGAAA